AUGGUGUCUGAAGGCGGUUUAUCGUCUGGUGGCGGAUCUAGUCUAGAAUCAUCUGACGACUCAGAUAUUCCGGAUUCUCGUUUGGAUAAUCUUGUUGACGAUAUAAUUGGUAAACUCUCACUAUACACAACCUGCGAACAGUCUGGGAUGACCAUAAAAAAUCGAAAAGAUAGACUUAAGUCUGAAAGAGACCCGCCAGGGACUUCUACGAAUAGUCGACAUAGUUUCGGCUAUAAGCCGUAUCCUUAUAGUGAAGAACGUAAAGAUAUUCUCUCUCAUCGUAACAGACACCGUUGUUCUCACCAUGAGCCCAACAUUAGUCAAGAUAUUGAAGCUCCCCACUCACCCUUGACCUACCCAUUCCCUAUUGAUGCAUCCAUUUUCCCUUCUCAUGGGGCCUUCACCCAUCCCCAACGUUUGGUAUCUCAACAGCAUGAGUCCCUUAACGCUGGCGAAUGCAGACCACAUGUACGGGAAAAUAAGUCAAACCAGGUAAUACCUCAACCCAAUGUGGUAGAUGACGGCUCUGGCAACAACAGUGAGGAUGAAUACUAUUUCGGGAAGCAAGGCCGAAGGGGUUCACCCACCCAACCUGCAGAUGAUUGUCUUGAACGAUUGUUAGCAGAAAAGAAAGGGUGGAAGUUAAUUAAGGUGGGAUCUGAUGGUGCUUGUUUGUUCCGUAGUGUUUCUCAUCAAAUAUUCGGUGAUGAAGAGAAGCACGAUCUAGUUCGUUCGCAGGUUAUAGAUUACAUGGUGAAAAACAAGGAGCACUUUUCACAGUAUUUGACAGAGGACUUCGAUCACUAUAUAUCACGCAAGAGAGAUGCUUCUUGUUACGGAAAUCAUGUGGAGAUCCAGGCUAUCGCAGAACUAUACAACAGACCUGUCGAAAUAUACCAUGGUUCAGUGGAACCCAUUAAUGUUUUCCAUGCUGACUAUUCUAAGGAGUUUCCUAUCAGACUAAGCUACCAUGGCCGUGUCCACUAUAAUUCAAUAGUAGAUCCUUUCAACCCUUCAUUUGGUCACGGUCUAGGGAUGCCUAACUACCAACCCAGUUUGGCUGAACCAGACCUUAUUGCUUGCGCAAUCAGAGAGUCUGAAAGUACCCACCUUGAAGAGGCUAUGCUACGUGAUAAAUUAGCGGAAACAGAACAGGAUGCAAUUAAUCGGUGUAUUGAAGACCAAGCUGUCAGGGAAUCUUAUUUCGAUUAUUUCAAUCAGAUCUCAGUACCGAAGGUAAGGGAUUCAGCUAACUCUCUUUCCACACCCGACCAUCUGGACCUACAUGGUGAUCAGCGGGAAGCAACAUUAACCUCCGGAUUCCCUACAGGUUUGGCAAGAAGUUUCGACGUGGCAUCUUCAUCAAAAGCCGCAGUUCCCGAUUCAAAACAGUACAGAAAUCCAGCAAAUGAACCGCUACCUAGUUCAUCUCAUUCUCAAACUGAUUUGGGUUCGCGUCAUAUCCCACCCAAUAUGCUAGGAAUGGAGGAAGAUGAUUUGGUUGCUAUGGUCAUGGAACAGUCCAGACGUGAAUACCUUGAAAGUAUGCGUAAUAAACAAAAACCUCAUUUUACUGCCAGUCGCUUUUCACCAGAAUCAACUCCCUCAGACUUCAAUGAGUGUGAAUCUUUUCAGAAAAUUGACGAAGAAUCGCCUUCUGAAAUGUCGAAUAACAAACCAGACAAAACCCAUGAUAACCCUGCUAAUUUAAAUGACAGUUACUAG